GCGGCGGCGGAGGCAGCGGAGGAGGCGGCGGCGGGGGGGAAGAACCCGCUGGUGAAGCCGCCCUACUCGUACAUCGCCCUCAUCACCAUGGCCAUCCUGCAGAGCCCCAAGAAGCGGCUGACGCUGAGCGAGAUCUGCGAGUUCAUCAGCGGCCGCUUCCCCUACUACCGGGAGAAGUUCCCCGCCUGGCAGAACAGCAUCCGCCACAACCUCUCCCUCAACGACUGCUUCGUCAAGAUUCCCCGCGAGCCCGGCAACCCGGGCAAGGGCAACUACUGGACGCUGGACCCCGAGUCCGCCGACAUGUUCGACAACGGGAGCUUCCUGCGCCGCCGAAAGCGCUUCAAGCGGCAGCAGCUCCCGGCCCCCGAGCUGCUGCUGCGCGCCGUGGACCCCGCCGCCUUCCUCCCGCAGCCCCCUCCCCAGCCUCCGCAGCAGCCGCCCUGCGCCUACGGACCCUACGGCUGCGGCUACGGCCUCCAGCUCCAGCCCUACCACCCGCACUCCGCCCUCUUCGCCUUCCACCACCCCUCCCCGCCGCCCCGGCAGCCCCCUGCCGCCGCCGCCGCCGCCCCGCCGGGCCCCUUGCUGCCGGCGGCGGAGCUGGCACGGACGCCCUUCGGCUACGCGCACCCGCUGGGCCCGGCGCUGGCGGCCUCGCUGCACGCCACCAAGCCCGGCAGCGGCGCGGCCGUGGCCCGCUCGCCCUUCUCCAUCGAGAGCAUCAUCGGGGGCGGACCCGGACCCGGACCGGGACCCGGCCCCGGCUCCGGCCCCGGCCCCGGCAGCAGCUGCGCCUCGCAGUCGGCCGCGGCACCGGGGCUGUCCCGCCCGCUGGGCAGCGCCGGCGGAGGCCUGUCCCCCGCCGCUCCCCUGCCCGCCGCCCCCGGCUUCGCGGGCCGCAUCUCUAACUGUUAAGGGUUUCGGAGUCUUUCCGAAGGUAGGAUCCGGGAUUAUCUCUUUUCUUCGCCUCUCGGACGCCCGGCGGACGCGGCGAGGAGCGGAGCCGCGGGGUUUUGCGCGGGUUUUUGCGCGGGUUUUUGCGCGGGUUUAUGAGCGAUGGGGAUCGAGGGUCGUCCUCCGCGGCCGGUGGGCCGCCCGGGACCUGCCCUAAUGCACAGCCAGGUCGAUAUGCUGCAUGGGCGGACGGUCAUGCUGUUGGGAAGUUACUCGCUACUCCUUAAAAAAAUAAGAAAAGAAAUAAUAAUAAAUAACGUCUCUAAACCGUCAAAGUUCAGAGAUUCUCAGGUCUAGGAACUUACAAACAGUAAUUUACAGGAAAAAGGAAAAGGCUUGAGGGAGGACAGCAAAGCAAUACUUUUUCAUUUUAGUACACUUGUCUCAUGUACUUUUAUAAGAGAAAAGAAAAGAUUAACAUGUUUACACAGAAGAAAGUCAAGAUUAUCAUUUCUUAUUUUAACCUGUGUUUUGUAUUAUAAUAGACUUACGGAGUUUUUAUUUUGUACUUUAUGCGUAUUCUUUACAAGGAAUAUUGUUAAUAAUUACUGGCAAGUAUUAUUGUACCAUUUUAAUGUAAAAUUUUUACACAUUUUCAAAAAUAAAAUUUUUAAUUUUCAAAAAAAAAAAAAAAAAGAACCAAAUCAAAAUACAAAAGAAGCCCUGCCAUACAGUUGGCUUCGGACCCUUUCGUCCUUAAUACUUCUCCCUUCUCUGGGGCAUCGAUAUAUUUUUCUUCAGGAUUCAUAGCACAACACUCAAGGAAAUUUGCAGUUUGAAAUGUAUUACGGCUGGACUUGACCACGAUGAAGAUCUCAGUAUGAUCUUCACAGUCGAGCCAUCGCUACUCCUAGCAGAGAGUGAAAGAAAAAAAAAAAAAAAAAAAGUAAAGAAAAGAAAGAAAGAAAGAAAGAAAGAAAGAAAGAAAGAAAGAAAGAAAGACAGUGCGAGCAAGAACAAAAGAGGGAAUAAAUAGUAAUAGGUCUUUCUAGUGGGAUUAAUUCCUAGUCCCGCAAAAUACCAAUCAGGGGAUUGAUUAUAAACACUGUUUUAAACAAUUUUUAUACUUCUGGGUGAAUUUUAAAUCAUAACUGCACCACGGUUUAGCAUCAUAUAGGCCCAACGGAAAAUAGUAAAAAGGGGCAUGUACAGAACUUCAGAGAUUUGUCAUAACCUCUUAAAUUUCUAUGAUGAUAGUACGGACAUGUGUUUCUACUUUUACACAUAAUAUAAAAUGAGCAUUGGAAUAUACUUAAGUGAUGAGCUGAUUAAACGCACGAGCUGUUGAAGUCAGGAGAUGUAGGUGUACGAAACCAACCGUGUAAGGAAGCUUUUUUGGUUUUGAAUUCUCACUUUCUCACGCAAAAGAUCAACAGAUAUUUAUGUCAUAGACUAAAAUUAUUUUUUAACCUAAAAAGUCCGCCUCAAGUAUUUCGAGCUUAGGCGUGAAAAGAGAAUCGAACAGAAGAGAAUCAGAGCAGGCAUGUGGAGGCUUGCGAUGGGCUCGGAAUGCCAGCUUUCUGAAUCAGGAGGGUGUUCUUCGAGUAAGACUGCAUUUAUAGAAUUUAGUAUAUUGUGGGAUAAAUUACGUGGAUUUUCGUAAAA